ACGCGGGCGCCGUAGAAAGCGUAGAUAAUGCGCGCUCAUGCAUGUGGCCGGCCAGUUUGACCCGCCCGCGGAUCCACCGAUCUAGGGGCCGCGCCACAUGCUCCGCCGUCGCUUUCGAGCCAAGCUGGAACAGCGGAGGGCAGCAACCACCGGGCUCAGAAAGACCUCGCUCGCUCGUUGCCCAGACCACCCUUCCCCGUACCCGUAGUGAUCCACUGAUCCCAAUGAACACUAACUACCAGAGCAUUACAAUUAUCCUCAGUCAUUCAUCAUCUCCAAUUCCACUGCCUACCUGCUGCUCCAACGAAUCCCAACUAAUAUUCCGCCAAACAAAGCAAGGAGAUGUACUUGGGGUCGCAUCAUAAGAGGGUGGCUGAGGGCCAAGGCGGCCACACCAUAGGGCUCUUCUUACCUUGCUAGUUGCUAGACACCUUUCUCGUAGGCUAGUCGUAGUGUGCUAGACUAGUCCGAGCUAGCCAGUUCGGCGGCCGGCCGGUCAUGGGAAGGGCAGUGGUGGUGCCGGUCCUCGUGAUGGCGAUCAUCGCCAUCGUGGCGACGACGGCCGCGGCGGUAAACGCGGAGGUGAAGUGCGGCGGGUGCUCGCCGUGCGGCACCACCGACUGUCCCGUGCUGUACCCAUCCCCGCCUCCGCCGGCGCUGCCGCCUCCACCACCGUACUACUACUACAGCCCACCGCCGCCCGCGACCUACCCCGGGGGGUCGUACUGCCCGCCGCCGCCGGGGGCGUACAUCCAGAUCGGGAGCACGCCGCCGGGCAAGGGGCCGCUGUACCCGCAGGACCCCGGGUUCAUGCCGUCCAGCGCUUCGCGGCGUGCGACGACCCGCGCCGUCCCGUUUGCCUUCGCUGCGUUGGCGAGCGUAUGGGCCUUCUUGUGAUCUGCAUUCACUGGACGGCGAGCGUCUCCGGUAAGCAUAGCGACGGAGUUGAUCGUGCCGGCGUUCCACGGAUUUUCCAGUGUAUUUAUGCUUGCACCUUGUAAUAAUUCUCACCGGCCAUAUGUUCUGUAGUUGAUCUUGCAAAGUAUCAUGCAUGUUUUUUUUAGUUCUUUCUGGUUUAGAAUAUUCACUUGUAAGAAAUGAAACGCGAAUUAAGCAGAAUGUGGAACUAGCAGGUCAUUUCAUA